CAUGGUUCCUAGUUGGAUUCGUUAACCACUGCGCCACGACGGGAACUCCAAGGAGGCCUCCUUGCUGGGUCUGGGGGAGGAGCAGAGAGGGGAGCGAGGUCACAUGGCGGCAGGUCCUCAAGACCCCAGAAAGGAUGUGCUUUUAACACCUAGCUCCCACGGAAGGGUGUGGAGCAGAGGAACGGCAAGAAGUGACUUUUGAAAGGUCUCUCUGGCUGUGGAGCUGGAAUGAGGCAGGCGUGGGGGAGAGCAGGGAGGACAGGCACCCAUGUGGCGGCCAAGAGUGAAGCUCUGCCCCAGUCACUGGAGGAUGGAGUUGCCCAGUGUAUCAGUGAGGUGCAGAAGGCUGUGAGCAAAGCAGGUUUGGGGGUGACCUGGACCCAGCUUUUGGGCCGUCCUGGAUCCUCUCAGCCACACCUACUCUGCCAGUUGUCAGCUCUCCGCUGGAAUGGCCCAACAAUAGUGUGUCCCAUCCCUGUGGCCAUAAAGCUCUGGCCACCUCCCCCCGUGGCGUCUCAGCUCCUCCCCGGGCAAGGGCCAACCUUUGGCACAGCUUCCUCGGCACCUGCACCCCAGAGGGUUGACACAGAGAAACAGGAGGCCAGGAGCAGCCAGCAGAGGGGUUCCUGCUCUUUUUCCUGCUCUUUUUUUAGAAGGGCGUCCCCGGCACAGGGCCUUUCCCAGGUCGCCUGCGUGCUGGGAGCUGGUGAAGCCGUGGUCAGCUCCGGAGCACACUGUCUGUAUCAGUGCCCCCCACCCCCACCUCACUGCCCUUGUCCCCUACCUCUGGCUUCCCCGAAGUUUAACCUCCCAAUACAGCUCUAACUUGGCUAUGGACUGUUUUCCAGACCAUCCAGUUGAGACAAGUGGGAUCCUAGUUCAGGGGAAGGUUCUGGCUCAAGCUCUUAGCAUGUAGACCAAGAGAGUGAGCAGAGAGCAGGCAGAAGAGCCCCAGCACCGUGCCCUGGGACCCCUAAGGCUCAAAGGACACAGAUCCGAACAGGAGAAGGGAACCAGAAAGAGAUAAGAAAGGACCCAUGGGAUGGGAGGAAUAUAAGGAUGGGGUGGCAUUGCAAGUGUCCCCAGGAGGAUGGGGACAGGAUGGCAUGUGAAAGUUCCCGGGGCCAGGGAUCCAAACUGCACUGCAGCUGUGGCAGUGCUGGAUCCUGAACCUGCUGCACCACACAGGAACUUCCUGUAAAUUUGUUUUUAAGACAGCAAAGUGGCAUCUUGAGGCACGGAUGUAAGCAAUCAAGCAAAGAGGGACAGGGACGAGGCGUGGGACAGAGGGCGCUGUUGCCCACAGGUGAGAGGGGAUGGGGCUGGAUGCAAAGUGGGCGACACUUCCCGCUCUGGACUGAGCUCCCCGGGGGAUGGGCCGGAUACCACUGUCCACACCACACGAAUGGCACAGUAGGGACCUGGGUUUGAAUCUCCAGCUCUUGCACUUUCUGAGCUCAAGGAAUUCAACCAGCCUGCCUCUAGAAUCUGAAGAUUGGGCGUAAAACACUCCCUACCUCCACGGGGCACAGUGAAAGCUCUGGCGCUGUAAAUGCGCCCCAAAGGCAGGUUUUUUCUCAGUGCCCUAGGCAGAAACGGGAGGCCCCUGGGCCCCUGUUGGGCUGGCCUGUAAGGAACACGAGGGAAGGGACCCUGUCUAACCUGGGGCUGGGCCAUCUGUGGCAAAGACCCCUCAGCAGGUGUUCAGGGGAAGCAAGGCACUGCUCUGCCAAUCUCCUCAUCUCUGGUGCUUCUCCCCUCUCCUUGGCCCAAAACUAAAUAUGUCGCCAAAAACUGGGGGUGGGGAGGGCUAAGUGAGAACCUUGGAAUGACGAUAUCCAAGCCCAGGGAAAGAGCAGAGAGGCCCCAGCUCCCACCCACACCAGCCUGCCUGGACGAGUGGCCCUGAGGGCAGAAGGCACUCUCCCUCCCGGUUCGGGAGGCUGCCAGGUACAGUGGUGAAGUCAGGGAGUGCCCCAGUAACCCAUCUCUGGUCUGCCAGGACCAGGGGCAGGAAGCUGAGUGAGGUCAUGUCGGUUUGUCCAUUGACGUGGCGACAGCAAAGGCUGAGACCAGUGUUCGCCUGCCCUGCUGACUCCUGCCUACCAGUUAGGGGACCUGGGGGACUCAGUCGCGUGACCCUGCGCCCUGAUGGAGACAUGGCAGGUGUUCUCCAUUGCGGUCUUCGGGCCCAUAGUCAACGAGGGCUACGUGAACACCGACAACGGCCCGGAGCUGCGCUGCGUCUUCAACGGGAACGCGGGCGCCUGCCGCUUCGGCAUCGUGCUCGGCGUCGGGGCCUUCCUCGCCUGCGCCGCCUUCCUGCUGCUCGACAUGCGCUUCCAGCAGAUCAGCAGCGUCCGCGACCGUCGCCGAGCGGUGCUCCUGGACUUGGGCUUCUCAGGGCUCUGGUCCUUCCUGUGGUUUGUGGGCUUCUGCUUCCUCACCAACCAGUGGCAGCGCACGGCGCCGGAUCCGGGCACCGUGCAGGCGGGAGACGCGGCGCGGGCCGCCAUUGCCUUCAGCUUCUUUUCCAUUCUCAGCUGGGUGGCGCUUACCGUGAAGGCCCUGCAGCGGUUCCGCCUGGGCACGGACAUGUCGCUCUUUGCCACCGAACAGCUGGGUGCUGGGGCGGGCCAGGCCUACCCAGGCUACCCGGUGGGCAGCGGUGUGGAGGGCACGGAGACCUACCAGAGCCCGCCCUUCACCGAGACCCUGGACACCAGCCCCAAAGGGUACCAGGUGCCUGCCUACUAGCGGCUGGUGGGCCCAGACCAAGGUUCCAAGCCUGCCCCACCAACGCAGGAUCCAAGGCCUCCUGGGACCUCCCUCAGGUCCUCCUGGCCCAGCAGCAGGGUGUGGCCGCUGUGGGCCGUCUGGGGCCGAGAGAAAAUAGCCUCCAGAGUGCCUGGGCUGUCCCCCCCAAGUUCCUUCGGUCCCUUUAGUCCCCCCCGCCCACGGUCAGAGGUCCUGAGAGGAGACAGCACGGGCCUGGGUACAUGUCCUCCAGUGGACCAGCCUAGGGGCCUUUCCCCUGGAGAGAGAGCCAGCCACCUGUCCAUUCUGGGGUCAGGGAUCCAGCUGCCCCUCCAUAGCCAGGUGCAGGGGCUGCCCUGGACUGGGAGUGACUGGGAAGGGACAGCGCCCUCACCCCGUGGCCUGGCAAGCAUGGCCACACUUAUCCCAAGUCCCUGUGGGUGGCGAUGGUCCUGGUGGCCAUCCUGUAGGGCCAUGUGCUCUGUCUGGAGCUGCCCUCCAUUCCUCAUGGGGCGAAUAGAGUAGCCAGGCCCUGUCGCCAUUGUGAUUGUGGUCACGCCUUCGGGUUUCACCUCAUAGUUCCCCACAUGCAGCCCCUCUUUCUAUGGCCCCUGCUCCAGCCCUUACCUGCCUCGGCCCGGGCCCCUGCUGGGGUGUGGGUGGCUCUGGCCAGGGAAACACAGCGUGGCUAUAGGCCUGGGCAGCAGCCCAUUAGUAAGACCUUGCCCAAAGGAGGUUCCAGACACCGGGGUGGCUGGUACCACAUUCUCCUCAUGAGCAGAGAGGCCUAGAGGCUCCUCCUGCCCACCCUGCCCUGGAGUCGGCCAUUCCCUGCCAACUGCAUUACUUUGGCUUCCUGGACUAGUCCCUGAACUCCCCACCCUGCACCUCAUUUUGAGGCCCAGCCUGAGGCGGGGGUCCCUCUGCAUAGCUGAGUACUCAUGCAUUGCUCGAAGCUGGCUUUUCUCAUUAAGUCAAUACCAAAUGUGGUUGCCACAUCUCAUUCUUACAGACAGACGCCUCCCUCUGGAAUUGCAGUUGAGUGACAGCCCUGUACACUGUAGCCUAGACCCAUCAUGUGUGGCUAUUGAAGUGAACAUGUUUACAAUUUUUGUAUAUAUGGGUCUCGCCCUCCUUCUGAAAGAACAAUCCGUGAUUGUGUAUUUUCAGUGUCCCAUGUUCCAACUGCAACUUAUUUACAAUAAAGACUGUAAAUGAGAGGGA